AUGCUGUCGCGCCUACUUGAGGCGGUUCGUAUCGCUCUUGGCCGCGCAUACCAGCGCUCUUUUGAAACCCAUCCGAAUUUCACACUCGCUAUUGCCGGCGGCAUUCUCAACGCUUUAGGAGAUGUAGUCGCCCAAACCUCCCAGCGUCUGCUCGCUGACGAGAAGGACCGCCAUCCACAUGAAUACGACAUCACGCGAACGAUGCGCUUCUUCCUCUUCGGUGCUGGAAUCAGUCCGGUCAUCGGCAGAUGGAACAAGUUCCUGGAGGCGCGGUUCCCUCUACGGGCGAUUGGAGGCACGGGCCGUGUCAGCUUCAGAGCGCUCUCCAAACGUGUAGCGGCCGACCAAAUCAUCAUGGCUCCUAUUGGUCUUACCCUGUUCUUGGGCUCGAUGGGUGUCAUGGAGGGCCGCGACCGCGCACAUAUCGCGGAAAAAUUCCGUCAAUUGUACUGGCCUGCCCUCAAAACGAAUUGGCAAGUGUGGCCGGCAGCGCAGUUUGUGAACUUCAGGUUCAUGCCCUUACCGUAUCGCGUGCCCUUCCAGCAGACAUGUGGUGUCUUUUGGACUCUCUACCUUUCCAUCCUCAAUUCAAAGGAGGAGGCGCGGGCAUCUUUCGAAGACGGCAAUGCCCGUACUGUAAACCAUUAA